AUGUCAUCACUUCACUUGUCUGGUUCCCUGUCUCCUCACAUAGGUAACCUUACAUUCCUUGAAGAUAUCAAUAUUCAAAAUAACAACUUGCGAGGCACAAUCCCUCUAGAAAUUGGCAGGUUGUUUCGCCUGCAAUAUCUUCUUUUCGCAAACAACUCUUUCCAAGGGACAAUUCCGACCAAUCUGACUCAUUUUCCACGUAUCCGGGUCACUGAUUUGAAAGGAAACAACCUUGAAGGUAACAUUCCUCCUGAGUUAGGCACUUUGUCUAAUCUCUAUCAACUGAGUCUUUCCAGAAAUCAUUUCUCUGGAAACAUUCCACCUUUACUUGGAAACCUCUCUGCUCUUCAAAUUCUUGACCUUGCACACAACAACCUUCAUGGAACCAUUCCUAACGAGCUUGGACACCUCUCAAAUUUAUAUGUAUUCCAAUUGUCUUCGAAUAAUCUAUCCGGUAUGGUUCCUGAUCAGCUCUACAACAUCUCCACCAUCCAAAUUUUCUCGGUCACAAACAACUCAUUGAGUGGAAAUUUUCCAUCCAAUUUAGGCCUCACCCUUCCAAAACUCCAAUUGUUCUUAGCCAAUACAAAUCAAUUUUUUGGGCCCAUUCCUCCAUCACUAGCCAAUGCUUCAGGCCUUGUCAAAAUAAGUAUCGGAGACAAUGAUUUGACUGGGCCAAUACCGUUAAAUUUAGGAAGCCUUCAAUAUCUGCAAGUUUUACAUAUUGCCGGUAACCCACUUGGAACUGAUAAGGCCAAUGAUAUCAGCUUCCUAACCACCUUGAUUAAUUGUACCAAUCUAGGAGUACUGAGUUUAUCUAGAAUUCAGAUUGGUGGAAAUUUACCCAAUUCGAUCGGAAAUCUCUCCAGCACCCUCACAUCGGUAUGGUUGGAUCAGAACUACAUAUCUGGAAACAUACCUCAAGAGAUUACAGAACUUGUUGGCUUAUCUUACAUCACUAUCGAUACAAACAUGCUCACAGGUAGCAUUCCUGAUUCCAUAGGCAAACUUACCAAUUUACAAGAAUUCUACCUUUUCACAAAUAACAUUUCCAGGGAAAUUCCAUACUCUAUUGGCAACAUCACUGGAUUAGCUUCUCUUAUUUUAGAAGAAAAUAUGCUCGAGGGAAGCAUACCUGUUUCUUUGGGUAAUUGCAGUAACUUGCAAGGACUCCAUCUUGCACAAAAUUGCCUAACCGGUGGCAUACCUGGAGAAGUCAUUGGCCUGUCUUCGCUCUAUCUCGGUUUCAUCGUACGCCAGAACUUUUUAACAGGACCAUUGCCAUCACAAGUUGGCAAGUUGGAGAAUUUGGUAUCACUGGAUAUUUCAGAAAACAAAUUGUCUGGUGAAAUACCGAGUGCUCUUGGGAACUAUCUGAUGUUGAACUCCUUGCAUAUGGAAGACAACUUUUUUUAA